AUGGGCAGCACUAUGAUAGCUGGUGGCGUCAUGAGGACUGGGCGGAUGAUCGGCAGUCGGAUGGAUGGCAUAGGCAUGAGUGGCAUGAUGAUAGAUGGCGUGACAGUGCAGAUGCAUGGCAAAGUCAGGGACAAAGACAUGAUGACGGUAGGUAUCAUGACCAAUGGCAUGAUGAUAGGCAUGAGCAGUGGAACACAUGGCAGAGUGAUGAACAUUCUGCAUGGCAUGAAUGGCAUGGAAGAGAUGACCCAUGGGACACAUGGGAAGAUGAGAAAGCAGAAGAAGGUUCGACCAGUCAGCAAACACCAGAAGCAGGGCAGUUCACCGAAGAAGCAUCUUGGGAAAAUUGUCGUAGACAAUCUGGGGGCGAUGCAACUACAGACACGCCACGUGCUGUGUCUGAAGGCGACUCUGCUGAGGUGCCGUUUGGUGGAACAAUUGACUGGGGCUGCAUGGCGAGCAACUGAAACACUGGACAUGUCCACGUUGAGACAAGAAGGUGGAGUAGAUACUUUGCUGAGUCACUUGCGAGAAGAGUUGGAGCCCAUUGAGCACUUGCAGGUCUUCAGCACUUUGAGCAAUUUCUUCAAGAGCUUCCGCCGUUCCAAGGGCCAGGAAUUUGUGGAUUUUGACACGCAGUUUCGUGUCCAGUGCCAGAAGCUGGAGGAGGUUGGGGCCGGUUUGAGUGGUCUCAUCAAAUCAUACUGGUUCCUUGAGACAGCAAGCUUAUCAGAUGAAUUGCGCAAACAAGUGAUAACAGCUGCAAACGGAAGUUAUCAAUAUGAGAAACUUCGGUUAGCCCUGAUGGCAAUUGUCCCAAGGGUUCGCAGGGAACAAGGCGAAUCCCAAUCGUCAACUUCGUCAGCCGAUCACAAGAAGUCCAACCAUUUCCGUGGGAAGUUCUAUGGCCAGAACGCCCAUGGAGUGAAUGUCGUCGAGGACGCCACCGACCAUGACCUAGAGCAGAUCCAGGAAGAGCCCGAUAGUGAAGACAGUGGUAGCACUCCGCAAGCAGAUGAUGAUGCACAGUCGCAGAUCAUGAUGACUCAGGCAGCGAAGAAGCGUGCCACGGUGGAGAAGAGCCGCGGCUACACCACGAAGCCCAAAGAGAAUGAGAAGGCCGAUGAUCGCAACAAGCGCAUUGCAGCCAUGAAGGCCAAUAUGGCAUGCAGUGCUUGCAGGGCCAAUGGCCGGGUGGUGUAUGGCCACUGGCAUCAAGACCCUGAGUGUCCGUUCUAUGGCAGCAAGGAUGGGGGCAAGAAGGGUGCUGAGAUCUUCUGCGUCCAGACCGAUGAGGAGGACGACUCCGAUGACGAGAUCUUUACACCCGAUGUCAACACAAUCAUGAUGACCUAUGCUGGACACCAUGGACCAGAGAAGAUGAAGAAGAUUGACAUGGCAUUGAGCGAUACAUGUUGCUCCCGUACAGUGGCAGGAGCACCUUGGGUCGCAUCGUGCCUUCGUCGUCUAUGGAAGAACCAGAUCAUGUUCUAUGUGGUGCGAGAAAAUCAAGCAUUUCGUUUUGGGCCGGGACCAAAGAAAUGGUCGCAGGCAGCAGUCGUCAUCCCCACCUCGUUGCACAAUGACACCAUGAGAGCAUAUCUACGCAUCAGUGUGGUGGAAGAUGACGUGCCACUGCUGGUCAGUCACCGAGCCUUGACCGACCUUGGAGCAGUUUUGAACUUGCCAAAGCAAUGCAUUGAGAUGAAAUCCUUGGAGGUGAUGCUUCCCUUGAUUAGCACUUUGGGCGGACAUGUAGGCUUUCCCAUUUGGAACGACACCAUGAUGCACGACUUCCUGGGAGAUGAAGAAUAUGUUCGGCAGUUGUGCUGCCAUGAAGAUGUGGAAGUGAUGCUGGUGGAGAAUCCAAGGAUGGAGCUGGUGGAGUCAAUUGCGCUGCGUUGCAAAGUGAGCAAACCAGACUUGGGCGUCCACGGAGUGGAGAGAUUGAGGGAGAUCUGGAGAGUGGUGAAGCCAGUCAAGGUUCGCUUGAUGCCUGCCGGCUGGAAGAAGAUGGACCUUCAGGAGCUCAAGGAUCUCUACGAGGAACUGGUGGUCCCUUACUACGACAGACCAUCGGAUCAACACUGGGCCCGCAUGAGGAGGGGACAGCUCGUCACCGAGCUCGAGAUGUACGAAGCAGAUCGAAAGGCCGAGAUGGCCGACCAAGGAGGCGUGAUCGAGGACCUCAACGACCCGCCAAAGUGUCCCACAUGCGACAUCCCCAUGAUCAUUCGGGAGAACCGGUUGACCAAAGAUCCAUUCUUCGGAUGCCUUCGCUAUCCAUACUGCAAGAGCACCCUGCCGUACAAGUACGACAAUCGUCCAACCAAGGAAGCUCAGGACGAGAUGCAGCGUCAGGAGAUGUUGGAGCAAAAGAAGAAGAGCGAGGCAAAGGUAGAGGUCAAGAAGAAUGCGGCAGCUCUGAAUCAGAAGAAAAGAGCAGUCGGUUCGGCUGGAUAUCAACCGGAAUCAGACGGAUCAUGGGCGCCAGUGCCGUCGGCUCCCGAGCUGGAUUCGGAUGGACAGGAUCAGAAGUUCAACGUGAACACCAACCUCUCCCAGGAGGAAGUGAACCUCAUCAUGGAGAUGCGCCGUCGAGACGCAGUCUCUUAUCAAUUCAGCAGAUGGGGUUGGAACACCCUGGAGCCCAUUGACCAAAUUUAUGGAACUGAUUUGACUGUUGAAGCCAAUCGUGAAAGGAUCAUUCAUUGGAUUGAGAAAUUCCGUCCUAGAUUGGUGGUUGAGACACCGACAGCAGUGAACGAGAACCCAGGUGCUGUCGACAGUCAACUGGCAGGGGCAGUGGCAUCUUCAGCUGCGUCAGCUGGUGGAGCAUUGCAUCCGGAUGGCAUCAAGUUUGACAUCCCGAAGGGCAGGCAGGCUGUCGGUUGUGUGGCGGUUGAGAGAAUAGCUAUGGAAGCGGCUUGGGCUAAAAACUCUUUGACUAGAGAACAUGGGUGGUCGCCUGUUGCUCUGGUCUUCGGAAGGGAACCAAGGGUCAGUGGUGAGUUGGUCCAAGAUGGAAACCCUGUGAGCUAUCAUUUUGAUGUUGGAGAUGAAGGUGAUGAAGUCCAUUACGGUGACCCUUCUGUUCAGAAAGCCAUUGCAUUGUUUCGGAAAGUCCCUGAUAAGAUUACUUUUGAGGAUUUGACCCAACAACCUGACCCGAAAGAUGAAGAUUUUGAGAUGAAUAUUUUUGGUUUGGGCGAAGGUGUUUUCAUGAAAUCGGAAGAUGAGGAUCAUCAAAUGGAUAGUCCAGGUGUCAAGGUUCCGGUUGAGGUGGUCAGAGAUUCGAAUCGUCAUGCCACUGCUGAAGAAUUGACGGACUACAGAUCUGCUGUCGAAGCUGAUGAUAUUUUAAUGACUGGAAAAGAGAAGAAACUGGUGUAUUCACAAAAGGGAGCUGUUCUUGGUCUGGUGUCGCAAGGUGAUAUUGAUAAAGGUGAACCUGUCAAAAUGAACAUUCUUGAUUGGAGAUCAACAACAAACAAACGUGUCAUUGAGAGCUCACUUGCUGCAGAAACACAUGCAGCAAUUCAAGCACACGGACUGUCGAGAUUCGUGCAAGCCUUGUUGGCCGAGGCAACCCUGGGCACUGAGGUGGUCUCGUACCUUGACGACGAAGACUGGCAAAGCAUAGCACCCUUAAAUAUGAUAACGGAUUGUAAGUCAAUUUAUGAUCAUGUUAGGAAGGACGGACAACACUUGUCGGAGAAGGGAAAUGUUAUCCAAGUCAUGUUGUUGAGAAAAAUGUGCUCCACGAGACCACACACGGGCAAAGCCCGUUUGCUCUGGGUUCCAACUCGAAACCAAUUGGCGGACGGUCUAACAAAGACUGGUCGUGGAAAACAUAUCCGAGAAAACCUUGGAGAAGCGAAGUUCCACGAGGAGGCGGCACCCAGACGAAAAUGGUCAACAGCCAAGGAUAGUUAUGCCAGUGUGAAUUGA